AAAAAAAAACACUUCCCAUUUCUUUCGUCUGCCUCCCCCACGCGACGCGAGAUCUGCCGCGCGCUCUCCCCCUGACCGGAUCCGAUCCGAUCCGCCCCGCCUCGACUCCCUCCCCCGGGCCGGACGCGGCGGCGGCGGGCCGCCGCGAUGGUCGUCUGCAAAUGCCGCAAGGCGACGAGGGUUUAUUGCUUCGUGCACAAGGUCCCUGUCUGCGGUGAAUGCAUCUGCUUUCCCGAGCAUCAGUUAUGCGUGGUUAAAAAUUAUGCUGAAUGGGUUGUUAAUCCUGAAUACGACUGGCCACAACACUGUUCAUCUUGCAAUUCUGUUCUGGAAGCUGGGAAUGAAGAUACUACACGAUUGGGUUGCUUGCAUGUCAUGCACACAAGAUGUUUGAUAUCGCACAUACAAAGUUAUUCAACCCAAACAGCUCCAGCUGGAUAUGUUUGUCCUUCUUGUUCUACACCUAUAUGGCCUCCUUCAACUAUUAAAGAUACUGGUUCAUGCCUUCACUCUAAACUAAAGGAAGCAAUAGCCCAGACUGGAUUGGAGAAGAACAUAUUUGGAAAUCAUUUUGUGACAAUGCCUAAAGCUGAUACUCGCACCCCUCCUGCUUUUGCUUCAGAUCCUCUUAAACGUGUAUCUAUUUCUGGUGAUAGAGAAUCAAAUGGUGCGAACAUAAUCAAUUCUGGUAUGGAUGCAAAUUUACCAUCUGCUGGAAUGUAUUCUGCUACUGUGGGAUCUGGGACACCUAGUCAUAUGGAACCAGAAAUAGUUGAAAUAGAUGGUCCUAGUCCAAUAACAACUCAGUUCCCAGAUCAGGAAUCCAACUUCAUCAGAAGUCCUAGCCCACAUGGGCCAAGUGCCAUGACAAGAAAAGGUGCUAACUACGUUGAGAGACAAAAUUCAGAGAUCUCUUAUUACGCUGAUGAUGAGGAUGCCAACCGCAAAAAGUAUACCAAAAGGGACAACAACCCAGCAACAAAGCAACAUUCAUCUAUGUCCAAAUCCCAAAAUUACAUCAGGAACUCGAAAAUAUUGUCACUUACAGGUUGCAAAGCAAAAGGAUAGCAGCAAGGCUGAAUGCCCCUGCUGAAAACUCCCCAAUUAGUGCAGCGGUCUCCUUGCAGCUUGAAUAAACUCCAACAGGAUUGGAACCAGGCAUAGCUUUGGCAGGUGUUUGGGAGUAGCAAAACUCAGGUGAUCAGUGAGGCACAGCACACCAGCUAGCUGCAAAAAUUGUUGUGAAUCAGGGCAGCUGGCAGGAAUAGCCUCCCGAGGAAGCUGGCAGUUGCUGUUGGUGCACUUUGGGGAUUAUCGUGGGAAUGAUUUCUUUUAGUUUACAUAGGAUUUAUUUUGUUUUAAGAUAAUGUCCUAAAUCCUCUACUUGAAGAAAUGAUUGAUUCUAAAUAUUGGCACAAUUAUUGUAUUAGUGUACUCAAGUUGCUGGAUGGCACAUUUGAUGUCACUAAACCAAUUUCUCUUAAAAUCUCGGUAGCAUUUUAGUACAGCAAAUAACCAAGCAUGAUUUGUUAGAUGAAUCAGGGUAAUAUGGAAUGAAGUUUACUUUGGAUUGCAGAUGCCAUUGACGUUCAAAUCUGUUCUGAUCCUCCCAGUUUCAUAAUUCUCAAUCAUUUUUGCUUACAAUUUUUCAUCUAAAACUGGUUUAGGAAAGAUCUGGUUGAUAUGUAUUUCACAUUGAGCUGAAAAUUUACUUCAAAGAAUAGUAUAUCAUUGUU